GUCUAUGCAGAAUCAAACACAAAUUUAGAACACAGAUUGGAGAUGCUGUUGUAAUCCAAGAAUAACAGGUGUGGUGGAGAAGAACAGAACAUAAGGAAAAGGAAAUAAGACUUAUUAGUUUAAGUCAAAAUAGAAAAAUUGAUUUGAUGGUGGGAGAGUAUAUUAAUGCAAAGACAGGGAGGACACACUUCAAGUGAGACUAGAUUAACUCAGCUGUCACUUAUAUGUGAUAUGAUAUCCUUCCUACAAAACCAUUACCUUCUCCUCUUUCUCUCUUUGGCCAGCCAGCAUAUUUGAGUUUGCUUGCAGCUGUCACAUUUCUCUCUCUCUCUCUCUCUCUCUCUCUCUGCUUUUUCAUAAUUUUUUUUUUUUUAGUUUUUUAAUUAACUAACACCUGUUUCAAACAACCAUACCACAUCAUCAUCAUAUUCAUAAACCAUACCCACCUCUCUCUUUUCUCUUAAAAUUCAGGGAUUCUCUCCUACUAGAAAAAAAGGAAGAAAGAGGUGUAGUUGAACUUGAAUGGUGGGGUUGAGCAAAAAUCAUAAACCAAAAGAAGAAGAAAAUCUACAAGAAUGAGAAUGCCAAGAAGAGUACACUACUUUGACGCAUGCAUAAACUAGAAGGAUAUCAACAACAACAACAUAGCAGCAAUUUUGUUCUUGUUAAUUUGAUUUGAUGCAAUGGCUUAUCCAUAUUAUCGAUCACAGUUCGGAGACACAACAUUCACCAAGGUUUUUGUUGGAGGAUUAGCUUGGGAAACACCAACUGAUGAAAUGAGGACAUAUUUUGAACAGUUUGGUGACAUUCUUGAAGCUGUCAUCAUCACUGAUAAGAACACCGGAAAAUCUAAAGGAUAUGGAUUUGUAACAUUUCGUGAUUCAGAAUCAGCUAGAAGAGCUUGUACUGAUCCAAACCCAGUAAUAGAUGGAAGAAGAGCAAAUUGUAACAUUGCUUCUCUAGGACGUCCUAGACCAUCACCUCCAAGAGGGAGGGGUACAUAUCAUCAAGGUGGAGGAGGGAUGGGGACUGGAGCACCGGGAGGGGCAGCGUACGGUGGUGUUCCGGCAGGAGGGCCACCACAAUUGGCAGGAGGAGCUGGAACUCCAGUAAUGUACCAACCAUAUGGCUACCCCACCUACACUCCUGAAUAUGGGUACCAUCAAGCUACAAUGUAUAACACUCAGAUGCAGCAAGCACAAUACUAUCAACAACUCUAUGGACCAUCAUCUUCAACAAUGGCUUCACCAUAUUACUAUGGAUAUUCUGUGCAACCAAGAGGAGGGGGUACAUUUUCUACACCUCAACCACAUCGUAUGCCAGCUGGCCCAUCCUAUCUAUACUACCCUCCUACACCAAUAGAAGGAGGUUCCUUUUCUGCUGCAGCAUAUCGUCCUAUUCAACAACAACCUUUAAUAAGGCACCCUUCUCCUUCCCCUUCUCCUAAUGAUUCACAGACUCAGCAACAUACCUCAUCAGAGACAGCAUCUGGAGUAGUUAUAACUUCGGAAAGUUCAAAUACUCAACGGAAGAACAACAACUAAUAAAUACUAUAUACCCCCUUAGUUUCAACUGUAUAAUAAUCUUCAAAUUCAAUUUCAUCACAUUAAUAUUCUUCUUCAUCUUUUUCCACAUUAUCUUCAAAUUUUUUUGUUGGCCCACAUGCCGUUUUAAGCAAUAGUGGUUCUCAUCAGAUGAUUUAUGUUCUUCACGGUUAUGGCAUUCCAAAUUUGGACUGAUUAAUCAACUUCAUGGAGAUUGUUAUCUUCAUUA